AUGGCUCUGGCACUGAGACAGGCCUGGCCACUCAAGGCUGAAAUUCGACUAGGCAAGGCCAUCUCGGAAUUCAAAGCGAAGCUGUCGGAUGGGGAGAAAGCGGAAUUCAACACAAAACAAUCGAGUUCACAGUCCUCGCCUCCUACUGUUCAGGAUGUGAGGAUUCUCACAGCUAAGAUUGACCGCGGCCACGGGGGUCGUUGCUUGUCAACCAGGUUUAUGAGCGUCAUGGAGGCAGUACAGCAGUUUGUGUCUUUUGGAGACAUAAUUAUCGGAGGAUCGGCAAGCAUCAUUGCGUGUGGAGUUUGGUCAGUGGUACGGCUUGCACUAUCGAUCCUCUCCAAGUCGCACUCCUAUAUUGAACAACUCUCUGAGAUAUUUGUGCAAGUCGGUAACUCUACUCCUCGUCUCGAAAAGAUUGCCACGCUGUAUCACCAAUCGCGGGACUUACAAACGGAGAUCUAUGAAUAUUUCAUCGUGGUGGUUCACGUCUGCUCUGACAUGGUGCAAUUAACCAAAAUGUCAACUCUAAAGAGACUGGGAUCCUCUAUUUCAGAUAAGAGCUUGGCUGAAUACAAGAAAGAGCUUCAAUUCCGGGGGCAAGCUAUCAGGGACGAAGUUCGACUCCAGAUGGCAAGUGAAGGGCAACAAGAAGCAGAAGCCAAUGCAAGGGCUCGAGAUACUCUUUGCUUACUUGUUCAGUCCGCGUCUGACGAACAGAAGUUUCGAACGAAACAACGGAUUCUCGAUUUCUGCUCGCAGAUUGAGUAUACUACCGCAUGGAAACAAAGUCGGAGGGCUGGCACUACCACCUUGUUUCGCGACUGUGAGUGCUAUAAGGCCUGGAAAUCGGAUAAGUAUUGCUCAACGCUUGUGUACACCGGAAAGCUUGGCGUCGGAAAGUCCGUAAUGCUUGCGAAUAUGGUUGAUGAUCUGCAAGCAUAUGGCCAUGAAAAACAGGAUAUGAUUGCUUUUUUCUUUCUCCGGCAUGACACAUUCGAAACACUGAAUGCACGAACAAUUAUCGGAUCUGUGACUCGACAGCUGCUUACUCAACUAAUUGACCUCGAAUUGGACAAUCGCUUGUUCAAAGAUAUUUCUGAGCUAUUCGCGAUGACAACGUCUAUGGAUGACUAUAGACGGAUGAGAAAAAUUCUCAGUCUUGUGCUUAGUCCACGGAAGAGGACAUUCGUUGUCAUUGAUGGAAUCGAUGAGCUGAGCAAUACUGAGAUGAGAAUAUUCUUUGAAAGAUUCAGUGAUCUGCAAAGCAAACUUAGUAUCUCGCUUUGUAUAGCAGCACGCCAAGAUUCCAGUGAUGCAGUCAAGAGUAGCAGAAAGUUUCUUCAGAAGACAGUGGUUACUAAAGUGCCACCAAAUAUGGAAGAAAUCAAGAGCUACAUUCACCGAGAGAUUAAGCAUCGUCUAUGGUCAGAGCAGUUGAUUGUACAAGACACAUAUUUGGUUUCCGAAAUCGAGAAAUCUCUGUACAAAGGGUCCCAAGGCAUGUUUCUUUGGGUUUCAUUACUCAUUGAAUUCCUGUGUGGGAUAGAUACAGAUGAAGAGAUUCGCAGUGCUCUUGAUGAUCUACCACAAGACCUCUCAGAGACAUAUUCCCGAAUCUUGAGGAAAUCAAACAAACCAGGCCGUCCGUACCAAAGGCUGAUUUUGGAGAUCGUCUCAGUUGCUCAACGCCAAUUGACAGUUGAAGAAAUACAGGAAGCACUCAGCGUGACUCCGGGGAAGACAAACUGGAAAUCAUCACGGCUUAUCAACGAUUUCUACGCCACUCUCAAGUGCUGUGGUGGUCUUGUCACCGUUGACGAAGAGACACUUGCCAUACAUUUUGUUCAUCACAGCGUGAAGCAUUAUCUCACAGGAUGCUUCAGUUCCCCUGAAAGCUGCUUUAUUCAGCUCAGUGAUGCACACUGCAGGAUGUCCGAUAUCAUCAUCACGUAUUUCAGCUACUCAAUAUUCGAACGACAAGUUUCUAGACAAGUUGUCCCAAAUGUACGUGCUGGUCCAGCAGUUUCAGGGAUCAUUCAAUCAACACGUUCCAAUUCCGGGUGGAUAGGGGGUAUCACACUGGACUUUCUACAGAAAAAGGAAAAGCAAGAACAUGGCGUUGAUAUGAAUAUUGCAAAAACUCUAGCGGGAUUGAGACCUGCGGUAGAUGGGUCGACUCAAGGAGUAGCAUUCGCAGAUUAUGCCACGACGUUCUGGUCUGCUCACCUUGCCAUCUCCUUACCCUUAGCUGCUGAAAUGUCACUACUCUUCAACAAGCUGUGCAAUCGGAAUUUCUUUGACGCAGACAAGGCACAAGGAAAACAAGUUCUUCUAGGGAAGGCCGCAGAGUUCAACCAGGCUGCUUUGAUGAAAUAUCUUGUUGAAUCAAUGGGUGUUGAUGUCAAUUGCACAGUAGAUGAAACUGGAAGAACGGCACUGUGUAUGGCUUGCUUAUCCUGCCAUUAUGAUAUCGUUCAAUAUCUUCUCAACACGGAUGGCAUAGAUCCAAUGGCAUCAGACGAGAGCAUGAGAACCCCUUUACAUAUCGCGAUUGAGAGUAGCCACGAUGACAUAGCGAAAGCCUUGGCCGCUCACCCUGGCAUAAAUGUCUCACAGGCUGAUGCCUACGGCGUUACCCCCUUGCUUCUAGCAAUGAGGAUGAACAAUGUGGUACUCUUCGAAAUUCUCCUCAACCAUCAGAGCGUGAAUAUCAACCAAGCUGACCCGCGAGACCAAAGGACACUUCUUCAAAAGGCCGUGCUUACGGACAACAUGGUCUUUGCAAAAUCUUUGAUGCGUCGCCCUGACUUGAAGCUCAUUCCCUCGGGUUAUGACCAAUGUAUCGAAGUUUUCUCUUGGGCUAUUCAAGAGCAGAGUGGCUCCCUCUUCGGUGCUUUGAUGGAUCACCGCGAAGUGGACAUCCACCUUAGGAGCUUAUACCCCAAGAUCAUAGAGCCGGUCAUCAAGUCGAACAACAAGUCUAUUCUGAAGAAAUUGCUCAGUCAUUCUCGUAUGGAUGAUGUUUCACAUAGCCCUUUUAACAGCCCUAAGCUGGAAAAGAUAAUACAUGGAGAUAUUUCCAUGCUGCAAAUUUUCUUUGAACAUCAGUCAGUCCGUUUGUAUAUCAGCGAAUACUUGCACAUUGCUGUCAAAUGUACCCUCGUCGAUGUUGCAAAAUUUCUGAUGGCUUACCCCACCAUUGAAAUUCAACGAUGUGACAUGGCUGGACGGACUCCUCUAUAUCAUGCCAUCCAGAAUGGCGACAUUCCUAUGGUGGAGAUGUUUCUUGGUUGCCCUGAAGUAGGCGCUAUUACACAAAGUCCCAUGAGGAAAUCUCCAUUGGGAAUUGCCAUAGCUUGCCGCAACUUGGCAGUUGUUCAAAUGCUCCUGGAGCCUCACGUCAUCCCACUCAGGGAAUUGGCCAUGGUGAUAGGACCAGCUCUGGAAUAUGCCAUUGAGCACGGUAAUCGGGACGUUGUUGCAGUGCUUCUUGACCAUCCUAGAGUGAAGACGAGGGCCACUCGAUUAGAUGCCGAACACAAGUUUCUGAACCUGGCAAUGAAGAGUUGCGAUCUGGCUACAGCUGAUUUGUUGUUAAACGACAUUCGAAUAUCGAAUCGCUUACGUGAUCAGCGUGGUAGAACGGCUCUUCACAUGGCAAUAGAAGCUUCCUGGAAAUCAAGUGAUGACCGGAUGGCAGCCAUCAGAGCUCUCACAAAAGUACCAAGGCUAGCUAAUAUGCUGGACUACGAGAAUACAAGCCCGCUACACCUAGCUGCACAGAUGAACCUUGCCGAUGUCGUGAAACUUCUGGUUAGGACCUCGCGCCAACGUAUCAAUUGGCAGAACACCGAAGGGCAGACACCAUUGCAUCUGGCAUCUUCCAGUGGCGGAAGCGAAAGCAUUAUCCCACUUCUGGCGUGUGCAGCGAUUCCUAAUGUCGAAAACAACAAGCAUAUGACUCCUGCGAACGUCGCAAAUGAGACAGGCAAUGAUGACGCCCAGCGCCUACUUUACAAUUACAGUGCAAGUCUAGACAGUAUCGGCGAGGGCCUACUUACACCCCUGCAUUGUGCGGCUGAGCUUGGCGAUACCCACAUUGGAAAACUUCUUCUCAUAGAGCAUCCUCUUUUACUGAACCGCCGGGAUGGUGACGGAAGAACUGCUCUCCACCUGAGUGUCAUUCACAAGAAUUCCGAAUUUGCUUUACUGCUCCUCAGUAUGGCAUCUGUCAUCUUUGAUCAGCAGGAUAUAUUCAAUCAAACACCCCUCUGGUAUGCAGAGACCAAUGGGGACAAAGAGAUCCAAGAUGUGAUUUGGAAGCUGCUGCGGGAAGCAAGGAAGACAAUGUAA